UUGCGUUAGGUGUCCUGUGUUCUGCCUGAGGGUCCUAAAACCCACAGACAGCAGCAGCAGCAGAGGGAGCAGCUCGGCCAUUAAACGAGCUGUGAGAAAUUUUCUAAAAUGAUCUGAACCCGCGAGUUACAGAGAUUUAUACAGAUUUACUGCCUGACUCGGACUCAGUGUAGUACAGUGCUGGUGCUGAGGGAUAGCAGCAGCUCUCCGGCCGCAGGUACAGGUGUUCCUUUGCGGGUUUCAGGUGUUUAAACCGGUUUUAUUUGCUGCUGGCUGGUUAAAUCGGAAUAUUUGGUGUUCUCCGGGUUGGUGGGAGGCAGUUCUGUGUUCCAGCUGCUGCUGCUGCUGUGAGGCGGCGCCAAUGAGUCAUGUCGGGCAUCGCUCUGAGUAGACUGUCCCAGGAGCGCAAAGCCUGGAGGAAGGACCACCCGUUUGGCUUUGUUGCUGUACCAACCAAGAACCCAGAUGGCACUAUGAAUCUGAUGAACUGGGAGUGUGCUAUCCCAGGGAAGAAAGGGACUCUUUGGGAAGGAGGUUUAUACAAGUUGAGAAUGCUCUUCAAGGACGACUACCCAUCAUCCCCUCCGAAAUGCAAGUUUGAGCCUCCAAUUUUCCAUCCAAAUGUUUAUCCAUCUGGAACAGUCUGUCUGUCCAUCCUGGAGGAGGAGAAGGACUGGAGACCAGCCAUCACCAUCAAACAGAUCCUGCUGGGCAUCCAGGAACUGCUGAAUGAACCAAACAUCCAGGACCCAGCGCAGGCCGAGGCUUACACCAUCUACUGUCAGAACAGGAUGGACUAUGAGAAGCGAGUGAGAGCUCAAGCCAAGAGAUUUGCUCCGACAUAGAGCUGUGACCCCGGACUCGGACCCCACAACAACAUAAAGCUGUACAAUUGGGACAUAAGGUUUCAGAACUCCUUCACAGAAGGUUCUAGAACAUCUGAAACCUGUAUUUUGGUUCUAGACCCUGAGUUGCAUGUGGAUUUGUUUGGUCUGGCUUAAAGAUGAGCCUGAAUGUGACUUAAACCAAGCAGCACUUACAGGAGUCCGUGCACAGCUCAGACUUUGAAGCUGUGUGUAAAUAAGCUACAUUUCCUACAGCAGGGACCGGACUUGGUAAAGACUCAAUGACAAAGUGGAAUGGAAAUACUUCAUGUUUUUAUUAUCUUGUUUGGUAUACUUGCUGAAGAACCAUGCUCUUAACGAUUUAAAUCAGGAUUGUGGGUGGAGGUGAUGCUGUUGGCAGCUGUUUUUUGAAUAUUAUUGUUUUUUUAUAUGAUGAGUGAGAUCAGGAUUAAAUAAUAGAGAAAAAAACGUUCUGAGAUCAGCUGUAAGCAGGAGGGAGAGCAGGAGGUCAGGGGUGAUGUCUGUAAAUAUAUAAAUAUGAGCAUUUGUUUACUCUGAAAAUGUUUCGCAACAUAAAUAUAAAAAUGUGUUUGACCACAAUAAAUAUAUAAAAAUGUAUGAGUUCUAACAAAGUU